GGUGUUUCUUGAUAGAUCGUCAGUCUGUUUAGUCGAACCGCAGCAUUCGCUCCAACUACGUCAGCUGCUCGGACAACUAGUAGAGAGUUUAAUUUGUUUCUUUUUCCCGAAGUUUUUUUAAUCCCAAACCAUAACCAUGUCCGACGAUGAGGAGUACACCAGUUCCGAAGAGGAGGAGGAGGUUGUCGAAGAGGUCGAGGAAGUCGAGGAGGUCAAAGAGUAAAAAACCUCCACAAACACCAGCCGAAGGUGAGGGUGAUCCAGAGUUCAUCAAACGUCAGGAUCAAAAGCGCUCUGACCUCGAUGAUCAGUUGAAAGAAUACAUCAACGAAUGGCGCAAACAGAGAGCAAAGGAAGAAGAUGAGUUGAAGAAACUCAAGGAGAAGCAAGCCAAGCGCAAGGUCACCCGUGCUGAAGAAGAACAAAAGAUGGCUCAGCGCAAGAAGGAGGAGGAAGAACGCCGCGUUCGCGAAGUUGAAGAAAAGAAACAACGCGAAAUCGAAGAGAAGCGUCAACGUCUCGAAGAGGCCGAAAAGAAACGUCAAGCCAUGCUCCAAGCCAUGAAGGACAAGGACAAGAAGGGCCCCAACUUCACCAUUGCCAAGAAGGAUCAAGGCGUGUUGGGUCUCUCCUCCGCCGCCAUGGAACGUAACAAGACUAAGGAACAACUCGAAGAAGAGAAGAAGAUCUCUUUGUCGUUCCGUAUUAAGCCCCUUGCCAUUGAAGGUUUGGGUGAAUCCGCCUUGCGCGAUAAGGCCCAAGAAUUGUGGGAACUUAUUGUCAAAUUGGAAACUGAAAAGUACGAUUUGGAAGAAAGGCAGAAACGUCAGGACUACGAUUUGAAAGAAUUGAAGGAAAGACAAAAACAACAGCUCAGGCACAAAGCCUUGAAGAAGGGUCUCGACCCCGAAGCUUUGACUGGCAAAUACCCGCCCAAGAUUCAAGUCGCCUCCAAAUACGAAAGACGUGUAGAUACCCGCUCUUACGAUGACAAGAAGAAACUCUUCGAAGGUGGCUGGGAAGAAAUCGGCAAAGAGGUCAAUGAAAAGAUCUGGAACGAAAAGAAGGAACAACACUCCGGCCGCCAAAAAUCCAAAUUGCCCAAGUGGUUCGGCGAAAGACCCGGCAAAAAGGCUGGUGAACCCGAAACACCCGACGGUGAGGAAGAUGCCAAGGCUGACGAUGACAUCGUCGAGGAUGAAGAUGAAGUCGAAGAGGAGGUUGUUGAAGAAGAGGAAGAAGAAGGCGAGGAAGAAGAAGAGGAGGAGGAAGAAGAAGAAGAGGAGGAAGAAGAAGAGGAAGAAGAAGAAGAGGAAGAAGAAGAAGAGGAGGAAGAAGAAGAGGAAGAAUAAAUUAAUUUAACUACAUUUAAUAAAAUUAAAAAAAAAAACAACAAAAAACAAUAUAGUUAUUAUUAGCUUAUUCUUACCACUACAACAAAACCAAACCAAACAAAAAAAAACGGAAAAAUUUAUUAUUAUUUUCAAAAAAUAUUAAGAAAGGAUUUUACACAUUUCUCCAAAUAAAAUAUGAAAACAAAAUUUGUAUGAAAAAAACAAACAAAACAAGCAAGCAACUUAUUUUCAUCAUAAAAUGUUUUUCAUAAAUAUGUAAGGCUUUUUCUAAUGCUCUCUCUCUCUCUUUCUCUCUAUUAAAAUCAAAUCAAUUAAAUCAAAAUAAGAAAAACAUCUGCCUACUAUAUUUUUUACAUAUUAAACUCUCUCUCGUGUUAUUUGAAAAGAAUAUAUAAAUGUAAACUAUUUUUAAUUUUUAAUAAAAUUUUUAAUACAAACACCUACAAAAAAAACCAAAA